AUGAGAUCCCAGCACCACUCCACUCAACAGGUGCAACCGGUGGUGGAAAUCAUUAGGUCACCGAACGAGGCUGCGCACAGCGCAUACGGCGUGGAUAGCGACAGCUUGCUCGUGAGCAAUCACGCUGACGCCACUGUUCUCGCAGAGGGUGACCUCUCGAGUCGUCUGUAUUCAGUGUGCGCGGCGUAUGCCUUCGCCUCGCUCACGCAAACACCGACCGUUGCGCUGUGGCCCUCGGACGCACACAUGCCGCAUGUACGCUUCCGCCAUCUCUUCUCGACUCGUCAUAGCGAAGACUACAGUACCGCGGACAGCGCAGACGGCGCAAAAAGUACGGAAGAUUUGAGGAGGAACGGGUGGAGGUACCUGCGCGUGAAGGAUUCGGCCAUCGCGAGCGAGGAUGUGAAGAAAGGGCUCAACUCCAACCGUCGCACGGUGUUCCUUACUCCGUGCGAGUCCGCCGAACAGCAGCAGCAGCAGCAGCCACAAGGCAACGAGGAGACAACAAAUGGUGGAGAGGAGGGGAAGGGAGCGCAGGGAGGAAACGAGCAAGCGGAGGUUGCUCCGUUUGCGCUCUAUAUGCCACCAGAAGGGGCUGGGACAAAGGUAGCAGGUGAGGGGCGGUCAGGAGCAGCAGCAGCGGGAGAGACGGCUGUGGGUGCGACAGCGACAGGGGAGGAGAUAGCGCAAAUUGCAGUGGCGCGGUGCGAGUACGAGCGAGAGGUGGAUCGGUGCUUGGCGUCGCUACAGCCGUCCGCUGACGUGGCGAGGCUGGUGGCGAAGGAGGAGUUGGAGGCGGUGGAGGCGACUGUAGCAGUGCACCUGGACGACCUUGCUCCCCCCGGUUGUUCCGGCUGCGCCGCCGCUAAAUCAGACGCCUCCGCCGCCCUCUGCGCCAUGCGCCGCAUCGCCAUGGAGUCUCUCAAAGACCCCUCGCUGCGCUUCGUCCUCGCCUCCCCCUCCCCCCCGCGCGCCGCCACUGUGACCGCGUAUUUCGACCCCCUGCGCGCGCCCCUGCUGCUCCGCGCGGGAGAGGAGCGGCGGAAAAAGUGCGCGUUUGAGCAUAUGAGGGGAGCAGAGGGGGAAGGGCAGGGGGGUGCGGGAGGCGGAAGCGGAAGAGGGAGGCGGUUGAACGAGGAAGGCAGCGGCGGCGCAGUUGAAGGGCCAAGGUUUGCGAGAGCGGAGAGGGAUCCGAUUCUGCUGUGCCAUCAGUUACGGGUGUCGGAGCUCUUUACCCUCAGCCGCGCUCAGGGCUUCCUCCCCAUCAACUCGUCCUCGACAGAAGCGCGUUUCGUUUCAGCACAAGGGAGGGCUCGGUCGGCAGAGUUUGAGGUGGCGCGGUCAGUGUGCGAGUCGGAUGAGGUGCUCCCCAUUCCGCAGCAGAAGUGGGCCAAGUUCACCUUCCUCGAAGAGAAUCUGGGAAUGGCCUACUGCGGUAUUCCCGAGGUGGCCUCCACAACGUGGCUGCAGUGGAUUCGCGCUCAGAGCGGCCUGCCUUACGCGGACAAGGAGCCGCUUAUAAGGGAGACGGGGCUGCACCGAAUGUCAGCCAACUUCACAGAGAAGGAAGCGGUGCGGCUGCUCUUGCGUCCGGGCAUGUUCCGCUUCACGUUUGUGCGCAACCCCUUUACACGAGCCCUCUCCGCCUACCUCUCCAAGCUCGCCUACACCUCCUCCAUCACCGCCUCUCGACGUGGCUCCACGCAGUCGCCCAGGCAGCUCUGGGCCAAGGCGUUUUUCCGCCACGUGUGGCAGCAGUACGAGGAGGUGAGGGCGCCAGAGGGUCUGGUGACCUACCGUGCAUUCCUGAGGCUGGUGGGCGCACUCAUGCAGGACCACAGGGCCACCAUGAACCGCCACCUCUCCCCCCAGGUGGACAUCUGCAAUCUGAACGGAAUCAAGUACGACUAUGUGGGGCGCUUUGAGCACUUCAAGCCGGAAGCGGAGAGAAUGGCGGCUGAGUUUGGGGGGAAGCACCUGGACGUGUUUGAAAUCGACCCCAGCUCACAUGUUGUGACCAACAGGAGUGUUGUGAACUGCCUCGCCUGCGGGGCGGACCUCGGCCUGUCAACGUCCGCCGUCUUCCCGCCUGCCGUCCGCUUCGACGCCGGGAAUCGCGGCUCCAUAUCCUUCGAGCGAAGCAGCGUCGAUGCGAAGCAGCUCGCUAUAGUCACAAACAUGGAGAGCCGCUGGGGGCCGUUCUUUGAGAGCACCAACUCGUUCGGAAUUCACCGCGACCGCGCCGUCAUGCGCUGCCGAGCCUGCCAUGCCAGGCUCGGUACGGUCAUGGACGAUGGUCCGGGCGUGGGUAGGAUGCACUCUGGGUUCGGCCCGAGCCAGUUUUCAGAACGAGUGGGACGGUAUAGGGUUUGGCGCAAGGCAGUAAUGUUCCAGGAAGGGGCGUGUGGGGAGGAAGAUGGGGUGGUGGAGGGAAAGGGUGCAGUGAAGGGUUGA